UGGAACAUGUAUCAUAUCAAAUUGAAUCACCUUAUGCAAUAAUGCAUCUACAGCAAUAUAAAUAAAAGAAUACAAGAGAGAAAAUUAAAAGAGAGAUAGAAAGUUGUAGAGAGUGCUGCACACAUUCCUGCAGCAGCAGAGGAUCAGGAUCUAGAUCCGUAUCAAACACGUCCAUUGAUUGGCAACUGUUCAUAAUAACAUGGUGUAGCCGUAGAAAUAGAAGUUCAACCACAUUGUUUGAAGAGGCAGUUAAAACUUAAAACUAGUUUUAGAAGUGGCAAUACCAAACACAAUAUAUACUUUGUUUGCAUCGAAAGCACCUAACAAAUUGAAAAUGACCCCACCGAGAGAAAACGGUUUCGUUUCGGCUACGCGAUGAUAUCAAAGUAGCUAACACAAGAAAGUCGCAGUUAAUUACCGCCAUUUGACACUUUCCCUCCUCCUGCCAUAUAAAAAUGAAAAUAUCCUUUCUCCGUAAUCGAAUAUACUCGCGCCCUUGCAUUCUACUCGAUAAUAACCGUUUGUUCCUUUUUCUCUUCUUCUCACUCUAAUCUCAGAUCUACUCUCUCUCGCUCGCUCGCAACGCAUUCAUGUAUUCGCAUUCUUGUCUCCUCAACCACCAAAAUCUACCUCUCCGCCUCUCUCGUAUUCACCGCCUCUCUGUUCCUCCUUCUUUGUCACUCGUCUUUUCUUCCCCUUCCAACUUCGAUUGUGCCAACCUCAAGUUACAUCCAUUCAUUAUUCAUCAAUACAGGUCUUGUGUUCGACGAAAUGUUUCAAAGGGAGCCUUCGAUGAGGAUUCAUUUGACUUUCCACUACUUGAUGAUUGGAGUCCUGAAGAGAGUUCUUCUUAUGUGCUCUCAUCCAGUGAUGGCGAAGACUUUGAUGGCGAUGUCUUUCUUACCCCGGUGAAUGAUGUUGAUUUGCCUUCUGUUUCUGCAUCAAAUAAUGAUGCUUUAACAGUGGCUGCUCAUCGGCUUGCAACCAUUGGGAGGGGACACAAGAAACAUAGGAUCAAACUUGGCCUUUUCAUCACUGUGGGGCUUAUAAUCCUCUUGACAGUGCUGCUUUUAUAUGUAGAUUGGUGUGCGUGGAAAAUUGUUAGACUGCCAUUAUCACCUUUUUACUUGACCUGCCCAUUUCUCGUAUCAGCCAUUUUAGCUUCUUUUGCUGGUUAUGUCUGUGUCCCAAUUUUUCGUCAUAUUAAAGCUAUCCAUGUUAUCAAGCAACAAGGGCCUCUUAGACAUCGCUUGAAAACAACACCUACAUUGGGUGGUUUAUUUUUUGUUCCUAUUGGUAUAAUUGUUGCUCAUGUAAUUGCUGAUUCCUCAUCUAUUGAAGUCUCUGGGGCAGCUGGUGUUACAAUUGCAUUUGCAGCAGUUGGUUUACUUAGUGACAUAUUGAGCCUCACCAAAAAUCAUUGGAGAGGUUUACCAGCAUUGGCAGAAGUUCUCUUGGAGGUAGCUGUUGGAACAUGCUUUUCGUUUUGGUUGGACAUCACCAGUAUAUCUUCACCCUAUGGCAUGAAGAGAUUGCUCCCACUACCACUAGGCCUUGUGUACUUGGGGCGAUAUUACCAACUCUUGACCUCGUGUUGUUUUGUUUCCAUGGGACAUGGUGUGAAAUUAGCAGAUGCUCUUGAUGGACUCGCUGGAGGCAUUGCUGCAUUGGCUUUUACUGGAAUGUCAAUAGCUGUGCUUCCGAUAUGUUCUGAGCUUGCCAUAUUUGGUGCUUCAAUGGCUGGAUCUUGUGUUGGAUUUCUUCUAUACAACAGAUACAGAGCAUCUGUAUAUAUGGGUAAUACAGGAUCUUUGGCCCUUGGUGGUGCAUUAACUGCAAUGGCUGCAUGUACUGGAAUGUUCUUCCCACUAUUAAUUUCUUCUGGAAUUUUCAUUGUUGAGUCAUCAUCAGUUAUUCUUCAGGUAUUGUACUUGAAGAUAACUAAGGGUUUGCGGGCAGCAGGUUGGCGCUUUUUGAGAAUGCCACCCAUUCAUCGUCGCCUCCAUUUGUGCGGGUACAGAGAAGUGAAAAUUGUGCUAGGUGCAUAUCUGAUUUCAUCUGUAUUGGCUUUGCUCGGCGGAUAUGUAGGUCUUAUUUCAGCGUAAUAACUUCUAAGUGUUGUGAAAAUUGUCAUUCUUGAUAGAGAAAAUAUAUUUGGACAAAGUGUCCCUUAUGUUUUUUUGUAUUUUUGAAAACUGUGUAAAUUGUACGCGUGAAAAAGUUAGAGAAAGAUAAAAAUAGAAGUAUUCGGUGUCACAUAUGGUGUAUGAAAUUAGAUGUUGAAAAAUACAAAUCUUCUUGAUAUAAGCAUAAAUCCUAAUUUUCAAUGCA